AUGGCGGAACACUUGGCCUCCAUUUUCGGAACGGAGAAGGACCGGGUUAACUGCCCGUUUUACUUCAAGAUCGGCGCCUGCCGCCAUGGCGACCGCUGCUCCCGCCUCCACAAUCGCCCCACAAUCUCGCCGACACUCGUUCUCGCCAAUAUGUACCACCGACCGGACAUGAUAACUCCCGGCGUCGAUCCCCAGGGUCAGCCUAUAGACCCCAAGAAGAUCCAGGAGCAUUUCGAGGAUUUUUAUGAGGAUAUAUUUGAGGAGCUCAGCAAGUUUGGCGAGAUCGAGACACUCAAUGUUUGUGACAAUCUUGCUGAUCAUAUGAUUGGGAACGUUUAUGUUCAGUUCAAGGAGGAGGACCAGGCUGCUGCUGCUCUACAGGCGUUACAGGGGCGUUUCUAUUCGGGUCGGCCAAUUAUUGCAGAUUUCUCUCCGGUGACUGACUUUCGUGAGGCCACGUGCAGGCAGUUUGAGGAGGAUAAUUGUAACCGUGGGGGCUAUUGUAAUUUUAUGCAUGUGAAAAUGAUAGGGAGGGAGCUUAGGAGGAAACUAUUUGGGAGUCAUCACCGCAGGUUCAGAGGAAGUAGGAGCCGCAGCAGGAGUGUGAGUCCGCCACACUACCACAGGCGAGAUAAGGAGAGGGAGACAGAAAGGGAGUAUGACCCGCGAAAUAAUCGCAGAGGGGAUUAUCGAGGUGGUAGUGGGAGGAGGAGUGGUAGCGACAGACAUGGGAGGUACGAGGGAGAUAGGAGGCGGCAUGGGGCUAGUUCUCCGCCAAGGAGAAGCAGGAGUCCAGUGAGAGAAGGAAGCGAGGAGCGUAGAGCUAGGAUUGAGCAGUGGAACCGAGAGAGGGAGGAGAAAGCUUAG